CAUGGCCAAAUACCGCCCUUCUCCCUCAAAUUCACUUCGCCAGGAAAGAAAGAUGUUGAUGCGGGCAGCAAAAAUCGCCUAUUUAUCUUUUUCUUUGAUUGUCCUGUGUUUGAUUUUACAUAUCGUGGUUUUGAGCGUCCCGUCGUGGGUUCUAUAUUCUAAUGGCGUGUACAGCUCGUAUUUUGGAUUGUGGAGAUACUGUUAUGGAAACGUUGGCGGAGAGACGUGCGUCUCAACCAUCGGUAAUCCCUCAGUUUUUAAUCAAGGCUGGUACCUGGCCGUGCAAGCCCUGCAAUGUCUGAGUCUGAUCGUGAUUCUAGCCGCUGCCAUCUGCAGUGGUAUAUCCGUAUUUCUAUCCAUUCACGAACGCGUCUUAAACAUGACAACAAUAAUCCUAAUGAACACUGCAGCGGUGUUUAUUCUAAUUGGUUCCAUUGUAUUUGGGUCCCGGGUGGAUUCCAUUCCCUCCACAGUGAAUCUGGCGCAUUACCUGUAUGUGCCCUACUAUUUUAACAUCGUCUGCGGGGUUCUGAGCGCCCUGGCUGGGGCAUGUAUGCUGAAGUACAAGGUGGAAUACAGUUCCUGAUGUUAAAUCAUGACACUUUACUAGAUGACUUUGCCAAUUCCAUUGCGGCUUUCAUGCCCCCUUCUUCUACACUUUCAGUUGUUUUGGUGAUAAAAUGUUAUUUAUACUCAU